AUGAAUCAAAGACACAAAGAAAAGUUUCAAGCAUUUAGAAAUUAUCAAACACAACAACAAACUUUUCUCCUUGCAUUAUUAAAUAAAAAUUGUAGUAUUACAAUAUCUAAACCCUUUAAAACAAGCAAGGUAUGUCUUCAAUUUUUUAAAAUUGAAACAUUAAAAUUUUCAGACACUGACAUUAUUCAAUUUGAAUCAUUUGUUAGUCAAAGAUGUAAACAACGAGAAAAAUUUGAUAUGAAAAAUGGAAUUAGUGAAAAAACUGCCAGAAGAAGAAGUGAAAGUAAUAAAAGGAUAAUUUCUUUAGGUUUAAUGAAAGAUAUUUUAACUGAACAUGGUGCUAUCUUUGAAACUGAAAGAACAUCUGGAAAAAAUGGAGCAUUGGUAAUAGAAACAAUAUGUUCUGUAAGUAUUGAUGGAAAACAAUUUAAUAAAUCAGAUAUUGAAAGAAUUGCACAAACAAUAUAUACAUUAUUAAUAAGAAGAAUGAGGCUAUGUUCUUUUUUAAUAUUAACUAAAAAUGAUGAUGAAAUUCAACAAAAACUACAAUAA